AUGGACAGCCCAACAAGAGAGAACAGCAUCUUUGUUCACGAUGUGAUCAUAAUAGGCGCUGGCCCCUGCGGCCUCGCAGUUGCUGCUCGUCUAUGCGAGCACACUCCCUCUGCAAUCUUCACUGACGAGGAGCACCAGCGCUACCAUUGGAUUCGGAAGCACGGCGCAAGCAUGAGCAUCAAGAACUGGAAGAACGGCCAGGUCACGCAGGCUGCUCCCCGACUCGGGCGACGAUACUCCACCUUGGUGCUUGAUGGGUCCGGCGACCAAUGGCUGAGCCGGUGGAACAGGUUGUUCAAAACCUUCGAGAUCACAAACUUGCGCAGUCCCAUGUUCUGGCAUGUCGACCCCUGCGACAGAGAUGGAUUGCUGGCAUACACUUACGAACAGCGCCGGGAGAAUGAGCUCAUCGAGAUCAGAGAGUGCGUGGGCAAGGAGGUUAGCAAACACCUCAGGAAGAAGAGGACCAAGUCUCGCAAAGCCCACUCCGAAGUCGAAGUUGAUGAACGUGAUCGCAAAGACUACUUCAGACCUUCGCGCCUUCUAUUUGCCGAGCACUGCGAAUGCAUAGCCGAUCGGUACGGCCUUCGCGAUGGUCUGAUCAAGCAGGAGCAAGUCCAGGAUAUUGAGUACGGCUGCGUUCGCGACGUCUCAGACGUGGACAAGAUUUUCACGCUUCGCACGAACAAUGGGGCGUACCAUGCCAGGACAGUCGUUCUUGCAGUGGGGCCUGCCAAUGCCCCGAGCCUCCCGAACAUCGACCCUAAGCAGGGCUGCCCGCAGAUGUGCCACGCCAUGCAGAUCCAGCAGUUCCCCGACCCUAUUGUCUCAGCCAAGUUGAAGGCCAAGAAAGAGACCAAUGUGUUGGUCGUUGGUGGGGGCCUGACCUCCGCUCAGGUUUCAGACAUGGCGGUUCGAAAGGGUGUCACAAAAGUGUGGCAUUUGAUGCGAAGUGGAUGCAAGGUUAAGCCGUUCGACGUGGACUUGGCCUGGAUGGGAAAGUUCAGGAACAUUGAACAAGCAAUCUUCUGGUCUGCAGACACAGAUGAGGAACGUCUUGAGCAGAUCAAAGCGGCUCGCGGAGGAGGCAGCAUCACGCCGCCGUUCCACAAGAUUCUCAAACAGCACAUGGCUCGCGGGCGUGUCGCGCUUCACACACAUACAGUGAUCAAGAGCAAGUCGUAUGAUGCUUCGACUCAGACAUGGAUGGUCAAUACGGACCCUCCGAUUCCUGAACUCCCACCGAUCGACUACAUUUACUUCUCCACAGGCAUCCAGACAGACUUCCAAACCCUACCCUGCCUUCAGUCGAUGAACAGGGACUAUCCUAUCCACGGGCAUGGAGGAUUACCGUGCCUGAAUGAUGACCUCAUGUGGAAGGAUGACGUGCCGCUGUUCGUCACUGGCAGGUUGGCUGGCCUGCGACUCGGCCCGGCUGCAGGCAACCUUGGGGGAGCUCGCACCGGAGCAGAGAGGAUUGCCUGGAGUAUUGAGGAUGUGCUGGCGAAGAGUCGUGAGGUUGUGGAGGAGAAUGAUGAGGAUUUCGACUAUGUCACCGCGCGAGGCAACCGGUACACCAGCUUGAGCGCUGUGGACAUCGACGAGUAG